CGUUUUUCUCAACAUUAUACUACGAAACGUCAACGAGCAGCGAAGUAUUUUUCAUAACCAAAGAAGCCGAAUUGCAAUUUUAUUCUCAUUUGGAGCACUUUCAAAACCGAAUUUACGAUGCUUUGGCAAAAAGAAUCAAAGAAGGGGAACGCAUUGUAUGUAGAUAUAAUGAAAUCUGGCGGCACGGAUUUUGAACUUCAAGACAUUCUAAAAGAAUUGAUUUUGUCAACGAACAAAAAUCCAUUGCCAAAAAAAUGUGAUUCAGUAUCGGUGCAAAAGCGAAAAGAAGGAAAUGAAUAUUAUGCUAAACAGGAUUGGCCGAAUGCAAUGGAGAAGUACAAUGAAAGUCUUUGUUUUGCUACAGUUGGAUCCAAGAACAUUAGUUUGGCUUAUGCGAACCGUGCUUCAUGUUUUCUCCAAAUGAAAAUGUAUAAGAAAUGUCUCAAGGAUAUUGAAUUUGCCAAAGAGGCCGGCUAUCCAGCGAAUUUGAUGACGAAGUUAGAUCAACGUAAAGCGAAUUGUUUGCAAUACAUGAACGAUGGCGUACAAUGCAAUGAAUUUGAAGCGAAACUAAGUUUUGAUCCAAACCAAAAAUUUCCAUGCAUGGCAAAUGUGCUGGACGUUGAAGAAGACAUCAAUGGUAACACAACGGUUGUUGCUAAAGAAGAUAUAAUGGUGGGUCAAGUACUUGUGGUCGAGAGAUCAUUCAUUUCGGUUCUUUUCAAUCGAUUUGGAUCGAAAUGUAAUAUUUGUUUGAAGUCGCUAACAAAUUUGAUGCCAUGUGACGGUUGUGCGGUUGCAAUGUUUUGUUCGGUAGAAUGUCAGAAGAGUGUCAUUCACAAAUACGAAUGCGGUUCCAAAUGGUGUGAUCAUCCGCUUGUGAAUAUAUCACUUACGAGAGAAAUUCGAACUACGUUAUCAGCCAUCAAUAUCUUUUCGACCGCUGGUGAAAUGAUGGAUUUUAUUGAACAAACCAUACAGGAUAAAUCGAAAAAAUUGCCGGAAAAUUUAGCUGAUAAUAAGUCAAAAUAUCGUGCCUAUUUAAGACAACAAAGUUGUGUCGACUGUAUUAAAUCGUCUGACUAUCAAAUCAAUCCCAUUUAUGAUGCCAUCUUGAAAAUUCCAAAAAUCAAUGAAAUGUUCAAUUCAAAGAAACACCGUCGAUUUUUGAUGCAUCUUAUUGCUCAACAUGGACUACUCGGUUGCCACGAACCUUGCUGUAACAGUAUUAACCAAACGGGUAUCGUGGAAGGUGACGAAAUAUCGAUGAAGUCACAAAUUAAUAAUGCUCAAUCUGGUCUGAUGGCAACAUAUUUCAAGCAUUCAACUAAACCAAACAUGUUGAGCAUUCGUGGCGAUGGUAUAUCAGUUGGCGUUGCAGUUCGACCAAUAAAAAAAGGUGAACCGAUUCUGAAUUCAUGUAUUCCACUGCGAAUGGAUGCGAGUUUGCGGCAAACAUCAUCAGCAAAACGUCAACAGAUUUUAUCUGAUCCAGUUUAUCGUUACAUUUAUGCAAACCAUUCUUACAAGCAAACCUUUGAAGAUGACAAAAUACGAUAUAUCCUUGACAAAUGUAUUUCAUUUUUGCGAAAAUAUGGCCAAUUUGAAUGGUGUGCAGAAGUUGUUUUCGUCAUGAAUAUUUAUGGCGAAUUAAUGCGCGUUCGCAUUAAUUCACAAUAAGUUCAGAUAGAAAACGAACUUUUUCAAAAUCUUAUACUCAUUGUAAACAUUGAAUUUGUCAACUAAACAUAAUUAAAAACAGCUUACUUUUUGCAAGGCUCUUGAAUGAUCCAUAUAUAGCAAAAAAAAAGUCUCAAAAUUAAUUUUAAAUAUAAUAUAAAAAAUCUUCUAUAUUCUCCGAAGCCUGAUCAUGCCCGUAGCUAACAACACCUCUAAUGCGUAUUCCGAGUACUAAUUGACGUUUGUGACAAUAUGGCCGUCACGGUUUGGAAAAUUCAUAAUGAAUCGAUUAAACUGCGUUA